AUGUGGUGCACAUCCAUAAAGUCUGGUCCUUUGAGAACAAGCCUGCGACCAUCAGACGUUCUAGUCUACGACCAGCGGACCUUGAAGCGGGCUCGCGCCAAUCCGGCCUACACACGCGCGACCAUUUGCCUCUUUGUCAGUUACAACACUGAGCGCCCUCCGGGCUUCGGGCCGCCGUCGAUGUAUUGGAACUCCUUUGUCGGGAAUUUUGUCGAAAAACUGCAUUGCUGGCAAACUAUGCAGAGCCCAGCGCUUUGUUUUUUGAACGGCGUCGCUAAUCACGCGUGGGGUCGAUGUGUGCUUCCCGUUCCAUGGAGCGGCCGCGAUUUGGGCUUGGAGCUGGGUUUCCUGCAAGGCGCGACGAACGACGCGUACGAGCUUGGCACUUCAGUCGCGGGAGGUGCUGUCGUUGGCACGUGAGUGGUUAGGAGCUUUUGCUCCGCCCAACAAGGUUUUUCGUGGAGCGGCCCACGACCCAGAUUAUACUUUAAGUAACUUUUAGAUUGGUUAGCUAUGCUUUGGCACAGCUGCUUGCUAAAGAACAGGAAGACUGACGAAGAGGUCUGGCCGACUGCACGCUCACGAAGGCGCUGCACGUUUCAAGGCCGACGCUUUCACUGCCUUCUCAAUGCGCAAACUUGACCGGGGGAACACUAGUGGAAAGCUUUUCCUCUCCUCGUGUGGAAAACUCGCGCGACCAAACCACUUUCCGGCGAAGCUGGCCGGCCGGAGGGAUUCUCGGUGCGCGACAAGGUGGGCGCGACAACGGCGCGCGUUUUGACUGCGCAGGGGGCGUGGCGAGUGCCUGCGCGGCUUUUGUC